CUAAAAUCAAAACCACCUUCCUCAAUGAAGUUGUCAGUUAUUGUCCACAUGACUUUGACCUAAUCAAAGUAAAUUUCUCGACCUCUCAAUGUAAAACUUAUUUUAUAUUUCAAUCGAAAUUAGAUCAUAAUUCAUAGAAUUUUAAAGCCAAAAAUGACAUCUGAAGAGCAAAAUAGCAGCGACAAAUCCAUCACAACAACAAGUAUCGACAGCGAUGAAGAUUCAACGUUUCAAAGCCUCUUCGGAAUCUCCAAAACUCAAUUCCUUGAAGCUGCACGAGCAAUGUCCGACGACGAAGCAUCUGGUGCUUCAAAUAAACGUAAAUCAAUAUUCACUUCGGUGUCUAAAAAGCCUUUCAAAUGUCCUCAUGGGCCGUGCAAUAAAACCGUGAGCUUGAGUCAAUAUUUAACACAUUUUAAAGUUGAGCAUAAGAAAAUUAAAUGUUACGAAAUCGAACGAAAUGAUGUAUUACUAAUGCCUUUUAACGUAGCUUCAAUUAUCAAUAGUUGUAAUAUUUGCUUAGCAAUGAUAAAGCUUUAUGAAAUGAAUGUCACAGAUGUUUCACCAUGUGGAAGCUCAACCGGAAAAGUUCACACAGAAAGUUUUUGGUUAAUGGUCACAGGAAUACCGAAAAAAAAAUCUGCGAAUUGCUCCUAUUGUGUCAUUUGGCUAUUUACUUCCUCAGAAGAUUCCUAUAAUUGUACGUUGGAGUUAGGCACAGAGGAUGAUUCCAUGACAUUUUCAACAUUCGGUAAAGUGGCCAACGCUUUUGAUAGAGAUUGUAUAGAUAUUGCGCACAUAAAAGAUCGAAUACAUAGUCUUGUUUUAACGAAAAAGUCGCUCCUAAAUAUGUUGAAUACAGGCUUAGCGUUAAAUUUACAACUUACUGUACACUGAAUUGGUUUAAUAUAAAAUAUUAUGAUAU